AUGGUCAAAUUUAUUAUUCACCAUAACGUAGAGGGCACCACAAUUUACUUUUCUCAGUUUUAUCAAACGAACAUCCAGUCCCGCAAGUUAGAAGCGUUAAUGGAAAUCAUCACUGCUCACUUAAAAACCGACCAAGAACGAGAGGGUCCUUCUCCUUCUGACAUUCUUCGGUUUUCAACGUACACGAUAGAGAGUCAAGAGUAUUCCGUCUCGUCUCUUAAACCACUUCAAGAGGAGUUUGAAGGUGUUCAAAUAUUGUAUUGUGAAGUGGGUGGCAUAGUAAUAACACUUGGUCUUCAUGAAAAUGACAGUGUCUUUGUAGCUCAGAACUUUGUGACGAAUUGGGUGUCUGCACUCAAGAA